AUGGGAAAACAACGAGUAAGCCUUAAUGACAUGAAAGUUGCUAUUGAAGCCGUAAAAAUAUUAAAGGUUCCAAAUGACUCAACGAUAGUUGAAAUAUCUCCCGGCGUGGGUUUCUUAACACAUGCGCUUUUACAUAGUACCAAUGCUCGAAAAAUCAUCGCAUUAGAAAAUGAUAAAAAAUAUGUAAAUGAAUUAUCAACGUUAGUAAAAGAAUCAGAUGGUAGAUUAGAAAUUUUAAAUAUUGAUGUCUAUAAAUGGGAUACUUAUGAUCAUAUAAAAAGUCAUUUAAGUCAUAUAAAAAUUCAUCCCUGGGAAGAAGUACAUCCUAAUUUAAUUUCGUUAAUUCAUUUACCUAAUACAUCAAGAGGAGAAAUUUCAAUAAAUAAAUUAUUAUCAAAUUGUUAUAAUAAAAGUGGUCUCCAUUCAUUUGGUAGAUCUCGCAUGAAUUUCUUCGCGCCAGAAAAAGCUGCUGAGAAAAUAUUGGCGAAGGAGGGUGAAUUACAAAGACAUAAAUUAAAAAUUGAAUUGGAAGCUAUAGCGGACAUUGAAGUGUUAAAAAUUUUUCCCGAAAAAGCCUUUUAUCCGAACAUUCAAUGCGCGCUAUUUGGAGUGACACCACUUGUUGAACCAAGACUACAAGGCUCAUGGCUUACAUUCGAAUUUGUAAUAAAAACUUUAAUGUCAAGGAAAAAUGCUAAAGUAAUCGAGAUGUUAAGUACGUUGGGAGCUGGUGCAAAUACAAUAGCAAAAGAUCUAUCAUUCGAUCUAAAUAUGCCAGUUAGAAAUAUGACGGCAGAAAAUUAUAGUGAACUUUCAAUUAUAUUUGACAAAUGGCCAUUUAAACCUGAUUAUAUUGAUGAUAUAUAUAUACCUCCUCCAAAACAUAAGAAAAGGUGGUAA